GCUCUCAGACCCUGCACGACAAGCAGAUGCCACCUAGAGCUGGGAUUUCUCUCCCCUGUGCUGCACUGCGAUACCUCCGUCGCCGUCGGGAGGAGAUGUGACUUCAGGUAUUUGCACAAAUCUCUUUCAGGCGGUCCAGCUCCUGACUUUUAAAUCAUCCUCUCUGCGGUUUGUGUUACUGAUCUGUUGCUACCUGGAUAGAGACAGGCACGCAUUUAAUUCCCAGGAUUAAACAAAGAAACGGCAUCAGCAACCCCCACCUGCACGGACCUUGGACCUGCAUCACCCCCACAGCUCCUGCACCCCUCCAGGAACUUCACCACCACAGCCAGGCCGGCAAAGGUUGGCAGUGAGUAGCAUACGUGAGAACUUGGUGGCUGGAUGCACUGGAGGAGACCAGCUUGAGAAGAGCAGGGUUCUUACCUUUUUUCACCCACUUCCAAGUUGUUAUCAUCACCAGUUGGCCUGGACACCCUCUUCUGUGACGAUGGAGAACUCCUCCUUCCUUGAGACCAAUUCCUCAUGUGGGGAUGGGCCUGUGGACUGCACCAGGAAUGGGGAUUGGGGGCUGAAUGUGUCUGCUCCCACACUGAGCCCCAGCUUCUAUGUCACAGUUCCUGUCAUCUAUUCCAUCAUCUGUGCUGUGGGUCUGACAGGCAACACUGCUGUCAUCUAUGUAAUCCUCAAAGCCCCAAAGAUGAAAACAGUCACCAACAUCUUCAUCCUCAACCUGGCCAUUGCUGACGAGCUCUUUACCUUGGUGCUACCCAUCAAUAUUGCUGACUACCUGCUCCUGCAGUGGCCCUUUGGAGAGUUCAUGUGCAAGCUCAUCAUCUCCAUAGACCAGUACAACACCUUUUCCAGCAUCUACUUCCUCACUGUCAUGAGCAUUGACCGCUACCUGGUUGUAGUGGCCACCACCAAGUCCAGGAAGAUAACCUACCGCACCUACCGAGCAGCCAAGAUUGUGAGCCUCUGCGUCUGGUCCUUUGUCACAGUCAUCAUCCUGCCCUUCACUGUCUUUGCUAAAAUACACAAGGAGCAGGGACGCUCCCAGUGCGUCUUUGUGUUCCCCAACCCUGAGAGCGUGUGGUGGAAAGGCAGUCGGAUCUACACCCUUAUUUUGGGAUUUGCCAUCCCAGUGUCCACCAUCUGCAUCCUCUACACCACUCUGCUGUACAGAUUGAGAAGGGUCCACCUCCAUAGCAAUGCAAAAGCCCUGGACAAAGCCAAAAAAAAGGUGACACUGAUGGUUGUUGUCAUUCUGGCUGUGUGCCUGUUCUGCUGGACACCCUAUCACCUUAGCACAGUGGUAGCCCUCACCACAGACAUCCCACAAACUCCAUUGAUCAUUGGGAUUUCCUACUUCAUCACUAGCUUGAGUUAUGCCAACAGCUGCUUCAACCCUUUCCUGUAUGCCUUUCUGGAUGACAGUUUCCGGAGGAGCUUUCGUAAACUGAUAAAUUGCAGAACCACCUCGUAGAGCCAACCCUCUGUCCCCUGCUGUGUCCCUCUCACAGUCAUCUGCUCUUUCUGGCUGACUCUAGCCCAGCGAGUGCUUUCUCCCCUUGUGAUGGCCCAUGGGGCUUCAGAUUGUCUCUCUCCCAAGGCGUGAGGGACAGUUAAGAGUUUUCUCAGCUUUUCUGCACCCAUUUACUCAGCACUGCUUUCCAUGCCUUGUCCUAUUUUAUUUUGAUUUUUUUAAUCCCUUCUCUCUAUCGUGCUUUCUGUCCCAGGUUUGUGGCUCACAGAGCUGCAGCAGGUCCCUUUUCCCUUUUUAAAGAUAUUGUUUUGUGAACUUAAGCCACAUAACUGUCUCUAUUACUGGUGAUGCAUAAAGCCCAAUAAAGGUGUGUUAUUGAGU